UUUACUUUUUAGUUGUCAUUUUGAAUUGUGGGAGUAUGGUACUGCUUGUGAAUAAAAAAACAAAUUACGCUAUAAAACUGAAACAAUACCGCGUAUUAUCAGGGAAUUACCUGAAAGACGCUUUGCAAAACAAUAUUUUAAAAUUUUAGGGCAAGAGAGGAUGUCUUUAAUUUAUAUUGUUUUCAAAUAACAAAACAUUAUUUCACAUCGUUCGUCAUGGCUCGCUUCCUGUCGGAGGAUAAAUUAAAGGGUUUCGAGAAAUACAAAUACAACUCGGUGGACACCAGCGUACUCAGUAACUAUGUUAUGCACCCGUUUUGGAACUGGUGUGUUCAGUUUUGUCCAGUGUGGGUGGCUCCAAACCUGCUGACCUUCACAGGUUUUCUUCUCACUGUGCUGAACUUCUUCGUAUUCUCGUAUUAUGACUAUGGAUUCCAUGCCAUGACUGCGGAAAAUGUGUCCAAUGACUACAUACCGUCGUAUGUGUGGGCUGUUUCUGGUGUCAACUUGUUUGUGGCGUACACAUUAGACGGCAUCGAUGGCAAGCAGGCUCGUCGCACCGGCACCAGCGGGCCGCUCGGAGAGCUGUUCGACCAUGGCCUGGACUCGUAUUCCGCUGUGCUUAUACCUACGUUCCUGUACAGCAUAUUUGGAAGAGAUGAAGUGAGCACGUUAAGGUUCCUGUUUCUGAUUUGGAACAUAUUCUUCAACUUCUACCUGACGCACUGGGAGAAAUACAACACUGGCGUUAUGUUCCUGCCUUGGGGGUACGACUUCACCAUGAUUGGCUCUUGCAUUCUCCUGCUGGUGACGUCAGUGUUCGGGCCGAAGGCGUGGCACGUGACGCUGCCGGGCGGCAUCACGCCCGGCGUCAUCUUCGAGUUCGUUCUCUACUUCUCCGCCAUGCUCACCAGCCAGACUGUCAUUCUGUGGAAUAUUUACAAGUCAUAUCGCGACGGCACGGGUAAAAUGCGUCCUUUCAGCGAAGCGGUGAGGCCGCUAGUGCCGCUCAUCAUAUUCUUCGUGCUCAGCUCGGUGUGGGCCAUAUACUCGCCUACAGACAUCAUCAACAGAGCGCCCAGGAUCUUCUAUAUACUGACCGGAACUAUAUUCUCUAAUAUUAAUUGUCGCCUCAUAGUGUCCCAGAUGAGCGACACCCGCUGCGAGGUGUUCAACUGGCUGCUGGUCCCGUACGCGGGCGUGGUGCUGCUGGUGCUGGGCGCGGCGCCGGGCGCGGCCGCCGAGCUGCUGCUGCUGGCCGCGCUCGCGCUGCUCUGCUCGCUCGCGCACAUCUACUACGGGACCAAGGUGGUGCAGGAAAUGUGUCAACAUUUCAAUAUAGAAUGUUUCCAUAUCAAACCAAAGAUUAAGUAAUUUAUUUUAUAUGAUUCAGACAAGACGUUGUGGAAGAAUUACAGAAAUUUAAAAUAAGUAAUACUCGUGGUAUGUGGUUGUAUUAAGUAAAGGAAAAGGUAUGCAUACCAUGCUGGUAAUGGGAAGUGUACACAAGUAUGAAGUUCGCCAAUAAUUGGCAAUGCCCUUGCUAAUUUACUAUCACUUAAGAAUUAUUUUAUUUAUUAGUUGAUUACCUGAAACGGUGAAUAUAUUUUUGUUUAUUGAAACAUCAACUUUAAUGGCUGUAAAUUUCUUGCCUUAUAUAGGUAUGCAGUUUUAAUUUAAUUUGUUUUCGCACAUACCUCUAUUGUAAGUAUAUUCCUUAUUAAGAUAUUUUGUCGUGUACCUUUAUCAAUGAGAUAGUCGCGUAUUCUAAGAGACCGCAUUCGUUGUAUAUUACGCCCUAAAUAAGUAUGAUGUUUAAAUCAAAUCAGGGCAAUUCUCAGUGAGCAUUUAUCUUACAAGUAGUAAUAAAUAUUAUAAUAUCUCUUUUCUGUAUACUGAGGUUCAACAACAUAAAAUCAUCUGACAAUGUAUUAAUGGCAAUGGAUUUAAUGUUCUAUUUUUCCAUACUUGUAAAUAUAAUUUUAGUCCAGGGUAAAUAUUCGUAUUUGUUACUGUGUCGGUAAUCUAAUUAUAUCGGGUGGGCAUUUAUUAAACAUAUUUAUAAGAGCUAUAGUCCUCAUAAAGUAAGUCUAAAUCAAAACGUUACUAGUAACGCUAGUCAUGUUUAUUAGUUAUAAAUUGUUACUCAUGCCAUAUAAUAUGUCAUACAAUAGAUUGUAAUUUCAUGCCAAAUGUUUCCAUUUAGGUUUAAAUUUAGUCAAUUUUAUCAAUUAUAGAUACUUUCUGUGAAGUAGUAGGUGUCUAGUAUGAAUGUAUUUUUAUAUACUGAUAUUCUAGACUUGUAAACUCGAUGUUAUAGCAUGUAAUGUUAUAUUUAUUAAGUAGGUACACUUGAUUAUGAUCUGAUAUCUAAAUCUCAGGUUGAUAUGCGCGUUCCUUUUUAUAUUUAAUUAAUUUUAUUUCUGGGACAAGGUAUGAGCAUAUUCCAAUGUUUUGUGAUGGCGUUAAGCAUGAUGAUUUUCAUCAAAGUUACUUCUAGAAAAUUAUUAAUACCACUCACAAACUAGGUACUUGGGUACAAUAAGUCUAAACAGUUUUAAGGGUACUAUUGACAUAUUUAUUAUGAAACUCAGCAGUAUGUUUAAGCAGUAAAUACUUUCAGAAAAGGAGAGCAGUUUUAUUAUUUUGUAAGUACUGAUUGGUGACACUUAAAUCUUACUAUAGUAGAAUAAUCAUUGUAAGAGCAACAUACAAUAAAAAUAUAAAAUGCUGUUAUUUCAAGAUAAACACCUAAUGACUAUAGAUAUUUUAUCUUGGUCAUUAUAAUACUGUCAGCCAUUCCCCAGUAGAAACACAUACAAGAUUAAAUGUUUUGAUAUUCAACCUCACCAUACUUAUUGUUCAUGACAAUUAUCUAUUUAUGUUAAUAACUUGUUGCUGAACAAACCUGAAAAUUAUGGAAUAUUUCCCAUUCUGUAUUUGUUUAGCUCUAAUAUAUGUUCAAUAUUCGAAGUGAAGGUUGCUCAAUCUUGUACCUGUUUUAUUUUAAUAAUAAUAAUUACCACCUGAAGGUUUAAAACCAAAAGGUAUGAACUGUAAAGUAACUCUGCCUCAUCUACAUUUCAAGUCUUUGUAUUGUUAAUAGAGGACUUUUAUUCAAA